ACAGCCGGCGCGCGCCGCCUGACAGCCGCUCCACGUCCUCCCUCCGCCGCCUCAUCCCCGCCGCGUUCCCUCUACGGGCCCGGGAGCGGCAGCGGUGCCGGUGCCGUCCCCGCCGCCACGGGGUUUAAGAAGGCUAAAGCUUCACUAGAAGUGUAACUAGAAUGGACAGUUUCUUUAAAGCUGCAGUUUGUGACUUGGACAAAGUACUUGAUGAAUUUGAACAGAGUACAGAUGAAUGUGGCUACUACAGAACAGAUCAAAAUCCUUAUGACUCAAAACGCCAUUCAUUUUCUUCGGUUCUGGAUGGCUUAUAUCCACACUCAUCACCAAAGCUGCAAGAAGAUGCUAGCAGUUGCACUUCAUCGAAAGAAAUACCUCUAGCUAGCCACAGUGGAACAAGUGAAGUUCUGAGCUAUUCACCACAAAAUGAGCAAAGUGUUUCUGAACUUGAUCUCUUGUCUGCUGUGGACAGCAGUUCAUUAAAUGAAACUCAGGCCUCAAACCUGAGAAGGUGUAGUAUACCUGUGUGUGAUCUCAUUAGUGACACAGGGAGAUUAAUCCAUUCAGUGGCUGCUCAUGACGAUACUCAGAAGUUACAACCAGAUGACUUCCAGUGCAGUGAGGGUUUGACUGGCUUUGGUGUAUCUUGCAUACCUGUUCCUACUUGUGUGUCAUCAGCAGGUUGCAGUGGUGCUUCAGGAUCAGAGCACAGUGAUGGGGAGCCAGUACCAGAAGAUUCAAGACAUCCUAAAAUGGAGGAGAUUAAUAAUUUAUCUUUAAAAUCAAAUAGUUGUGCUACAGCUGAGGUCUCAAAUCCCUGUGAUAAUCAACACAAUACAGAAGCUGUGAAGUGCAGUGAAGUACUUGAUGAGCUUGAACAAACUGCUCGCCUUAAUUAUGUAUGUGUCCCUGCAACAUCACAGAAUUUGAAUGCAUACAGUCCCAAAGAUGAGAAAUCAUAUGAAAAACUGCCUUGUGAACCAGAAGAUGAAAGUAUGUGCUCUGUAGUAAGCAAAGAGAUGUACGGAAGAAAUGUCAUAGAAGACAUAGACUCAAAAGACAAGAGUAAUGUAGAAUCCAUGCCUUCAAACCUGCCAGAGAGGCCUCAGUUGCAUAAAAGCCUUGCAACAUUACCUGGAAAUUGUAUAAUACCAGGUUCUUCAUGUCAAGCAGAAGCUAAAGUGGAGUUGGAAAAUAAAAUCACAGAAGACAAUGUAGUUAGCAAAGAACUUAAUAGCAAUGAAAUCCUAGAGAGUGUUUCAACUUCAUGUAUUUCAGCUGAUGGUGUCCAGGCCUGUCUGUCAUUUUUUCCACCUCUUGUAUCUACAGGCAGUUCAUUAGUUGAAACAGAAGGAAAAGUUAAUCCUCUACCUCAAGAUGAAAUCGCAGAGGUUGGUAGUGAUAUUAUAACUGUUCUUGCUGGAAAGUCUAAAACUGAUCUCUCAGAUAAAGAAUCCUGUAAAAGUACUGACUUUCAUGAGCAGGAAGAAUAUGUAGAUAAAAACAAUGAAAGUAUUGUGGAAGAAAGUACGUAUGGAGAGAAGGAUGAUGCUGAGAAUAUAACUGAUGACACUGACUCUCAGCAAAUCAAAGUUUUUGCUUCUACUUUUAUAGUGCAGGAAGCUGAGCCUUCUACUGUCCAUAGAGACUCUUAUUUUGACGAAAUGAUGAGCCCAAUUAUGCCUGCCUUUACUGUUGAGGAAUGUGUUACUGAAAGAGAUAUUCCAACAAGUGAUGCUGAAUUUGACAAAUCCUGGCAUGGACAACAUCUUCAGUCCAGUGUGCAUCAUUCUUCAGUUAAUGGUAGUAGCAUAGAGGAAGCUGAUGCAGAUGAAGGGAACUCAUCAGAUACAAACAGCCUGGAUUUCAGAAAGAUCACCAAAGAAAUCAAGCAAGGAAAACCGGAGAAGAUAACUAGCAUUAAUAAUAACCUUAAAGUACCUCUUUGUACAGAAUCUGAAGCAGAAGAGAAUAUGCCUCGUAUUCAGGACAUAACAGAGAGUGCUGGUGAAGCAUUGUUUUCUAAUGUUUAUCGUGAAGGUGCAAGACCAAAGCAGUUGGUUGGCCUUUCCCAAGGUCAGAAACAGCUGAACAGAAUUCAUGUACUUGAGGAAGAAAACCAGAAAGCCAGUUCUGUUACUGCAGAAGCUUCCCCUUCAGGGAACCUUGUAAAUGCUGGUAAAAAUUCUGAACCUACAGACUUUGGGGAAAGCAGCUCUAGAGCAAGAGGAGGUCAAACAUCUGGAAAUGUAGAAUCACCUAAAAUACCUGCAGCUCUCUCACAGAAACAGCCGUUGUGGAUUCCUGAUUCAGAGGCACCCAACUGCAUGAACUGCCAGGUCAAGUUCACGUUUACAAAAAGAAGACACCACUGUCGUGCAUGUGGAAAGGUUUUUUGUGGUGGCUGUUGCAAAAGGAAGUGCAAACUACAGUACAUGGAGAAGGAAGCAAGAGUCUGUAAUGGCUGCUAUGAUGAUAUUAAUAAAGCACAGGCAUUUGAAAGGAUGAUGAGUCCAACUGGUCCUGUCCCCAGUUCAAGUACCUCUCCUGAGUAUUCUGUUCCACCUGCGGAAGAAUCCCAGAUACCUGUUAGUGCUUGCUCUUCUUCACCUUCUGCAGGGUUACCUAUCUCAGCACUUAAACAACCUGGUAUUGAAGGGCUAUGUCCCAAAGAACAGAGAAGAGUUUGGUUUGCAGAUGGUAUUUUGCCUAAUGGUGAAGUGGCAGAUACAAUGAAACUCUCAUCUGGAGCAAAAAGGUCGUCACAGGACUCCAGUCCAGUGAACCCUGACUUGCCAGAGGUGUUCAUGGCUGCAAACCCAGAGGAAAAUGACAUAUUAACUGAUGCAAAUCCAAAACUUAAGGAAGAAACUGAUAUAAAAAGAGCAGAGGAGUUCUGUCCUGUUUAUUCAGAUGAAACACAGCAGGCUGAGGUGGUACAUAACUAUAAAUCUGUAACUGCAGAAGAUGAAGAGCAUUCUUCUACUCCAGAAGCUGAGAAGACUGGUUCCAGUUCUGUUGACCAGACUACAAGUGAUGUGCCUGUUAGUCCUGUUAGUUACAGAGCUCUGUGUGGUGUUGAAAACUGUGUUUGCAAAGAGAUCAGCCUCAUUCCUGGUGGUGAGCUACUGCCACCACUUUUGCUUGCAGUGCGUGAAAAUGGAAGAGGUCCUCUAGUAGAAGAACAUCCAUCUCACCAACAGGUUACCUCGCUGCUUGUGGAGGAAGGUCCUAAUCCCUUAACUUUUAUCCUGAAUGCAAACUUGCUUGUGAAUGUCAAGCUAAUAACUUAUUUUUCAGAAAAGUGUUGGUACUUCUCAACAAAUGGACUACAUGGUUUGGGUCAGGCGGAAAUAAUAAUUCUGCUGCAGUGUUUGCCAAGUGAAGAGAUUUUUCCUAAGGAAAUAUUAACAUUAUUUAAUGACAUCUAUAAAGAUGCAGUUAAAGGAAGGUUGAUAAGAAACAUGGAAAACAUUAAUUUUACUGAAAACUUCCUUGGUAACAAAGAGCAUGGAGGAUUCCUGUUUGUUUCGCCCACCUUUCAGAAACUUGAUGAGCGUAUUCUACCAGAUAGCCCUUUUCUUUGUGGCAUUCUCAUCCAUAAGUUGGAAAUACCCUGGGCAAAAGCUUUUCCACUCCGUCUAAUGUUGAGACUGGGAGCGGAAUAUGGGGCAUAUCCAACUUAUUUAUUAAGUGUCCGGAACCGGAAGCCACUCUUUGGAGAGACAGGACACACAGUAAUGGACCUAAGAAAUUUUCAGGAUACUUUGCAUUCCAUAGACAACCUGUUUGUUCAUGUGGAAAUGGGUAGAAGCUGCAUUAAAAUACCCCUAAGAAAGCAUAAUGAGGUCAUGAAGGGGAUAAACUCUUCUAAUGACCAUCUAAUUACUAUUGGAGCAAGUUUUAAUACUGAAGCAGAUUCUCACUUAGUGUGUGUGCAGAAUAAGCAUGGCCUCUAUCACACACAAGGUAUCAGUACUACUGGACAUACUAGGAAAGGUGCAAGUUCUGUUGUGUUUAAUGGAGCCUUAAAAACAUCUUCAGGAUUUUUAGCUAAAUCCAAUGUAGUUGAAGAUGGGCUGAUGGUAGAAAUAACACCAGGAACCAUGGAGAGUCUACGCCAGGCAUUAAGAGACAAGAACUUUAGAAUAACUUGUGGCAAAACAGAUCCUGGAGACAUAAAAGAAUAUGUAGAUAUUUGCUGGGUAGAAAAUGAAGAAAAAACAAACAAAGGAAUUUUAAGCCCGAUUGAUGGAAAAUCAAUGGAAGAAACUCGAAAUGAAAAAGCAUCACAAGGCAGAGACUUUGAAAGAGAGGGGAAGAUUCUGAAGUGUACUGAAGUAUACUAUUUCCUAAGGGACCAUGAAAUAUCCAGUCCUGUUCCUCAACAGUUUGCUAAAGAGAUUGCUGUUGCCUGCAGUACUGCUCUUUGCCCGCACCUUAAAACCUUGAAAAAUAAUGGGAUGAAUAAGAUAGGCCUGAGAGUUUCUGUUGACUCUGAUAUGGUUGAGUACUUAGCUGGAUCUGGAGGUCAUCAUCUUCCACAGAAGUAUCUGAAUGAAUUGGACAGUGCUCUGGUUCCUGUGAUUCAUAAUGGAAUAUCAGAUCCUACAAGUCUACCAUUGAAAAUGGAAUUAAUAUUUUUCAUUCUAGAAUGUCUGUUUUGAUGAGUCUGAUUACUGGCAAUAUACUGAUUUGCUAGGUCUGAACACCAAAGUUACAACACUACCAACACUAAGAUAAUUAAACGUUUCUAAAUCUGUUCUGUUUAAUAUUCAAACUGUUUUUUAAAAAACCCUCAAAUCAUCUCUGGUUAUGUUACCAUAAAAGAACUGUAGUUUGUAAUGUUUCCUAACAUGUUUUCUUGAAAGUUUACACUUAAUACAGGUGUAGAAGAGGACAGGUUUUGUGGCCUCUUUCCAGACUUGUAGCAUUUACUAUCUGUAGUGUAACUUUAAGCCAUAAUGUCUUGCCUCUUAACCUCAGAUAAAUGUGUUACUAAAACUUGCUAGUGUUAGAUCUCAUCUCUGCAGCAUGUGCUUUCCAUGUGCAAAUGAGCUGAACACUGAAGUAGAAGCUGGCACAAAACUUCUUUUGCCAUUUGAGAUUCAAGAUAUUCUGUAGCUGACUGGAAUCUGUCAGAGCAAAACACAAGUGCACACCUUCUGACUUUUGUUUAUGGUCAGCACGAGGAAGAAUUUCACAGGUAUGUUUAUGAAGGCUUUGUAACUAAAGCCCUUAACAUUAGGAUAUAAUGCUGGUGCUUCAGGAACAUAUGCUCUGAAUUAAUUUUUCUAUGGAAGACCUGUUUUCUUGCAUUUCUAAGAAUUUAUCUAACUUAAAUGGAUGCUAUUUUUGUAAGUACUGCUAUUUUAUCUUUACUCUGUGCUCAGAAGUCCUGAUGAAUUUGACCUUUUAACAAUUAAUAACAAUCCAAAUUACCCUUUAUGUAAACAACAAUUAGCAAUAAGAUGAGAAUACUGCAAUAUCCUUUCUGCUCCUGUCUGCUGCUCUUGUAGCCUCUUAGUAGCCACCUUUACUUUCAGGGAGAAUUGAUGUAUUAAGUGUGAAUUUUCAUGAACAGAUUGGUAUUUUUUUUAGUAUACCUGAUGUUCGUGUAUAGUAUGUAUUUUUUUAUAUUGGGUCAAGAUCUAUUUAUGUAUUUGUGAUGCAUGUGAUUUUUACUGAGGUUCAGUGAACCCUUAAUUGGGAUUUGGGAACUGCCACACAGCUGUUUUAUCAAGAACAGAACCAAAACUGAAUAUAUACAGAAGAUCUGCAUUGUUUUCAGUAAAAAUGCUGGUACAAUUUUAUAAUCAGACCAUUAGAACUUUGAUGCCUUCUUGAUGCAAAUAGGGGAUAUGUUUUUGUAUCAAAAGCAAUUUUUUAACUCGAUCUGCUCUGCUGUUACCUAUGCUUAGGAAAAAAAAAUGGAUCUAGGUUUCUACAAGGCUUCCAAGUUACCUUGGGGGAACGUGAUGCUGCAUUUGAGCUUUUUUUUGUGUACCUUCUAAGAAACUGCAGUUCUGGAGAAGCACUGAACACAGGAACACGUUGCUUUAAAAGAAGCUGCAGCAGGACCAGUCAGGGAGAGGAGAGAGGAAGGUUCAGGACUGUGACUGCAUGGGGGAGAAGGGGCUGGGGCUGUUCCUCCCCACCCGUGUGCCCCGUGGGUGAAUCUGCCUCCCCCCUCUCUGUGCCCAGGGGUAACCAGAGGCAGGGCAGACUCUUGCUGCUU